UUCUCCGGUGACCGGCCGAGUAGCAACUUGCACGGCCGGCCCGGCAGCCUACGAUAGCAACGGCCGAAAUCCAGGGCGACCGGGCCCCACACGGAGCUAUUUCUUCCGUGCAUCUCAGAAUUCGAGACCAAUCCGAUCGCAGCAGCAGCAGCAGCAGCAGCAGCCAACAAACAAACAUACCUCCACUCAUUGGAGAGCCGCUGCUGCUCGCCGGCCCUCCCUCGGUUCCCCAUUUCUCCACCUCGGAGCAGCCGAGCCGACGCCUCCCUCGCCGCCAGCGUCUCCGUGACCGUAACCCACCAUGUCGGGGAUGAAGGACGCCAAUGCUGCUGGGCAUGAUAAUGUUGGAAAUUCUGAACCUAUGGACCAAAGUGGAGAUAAUGCCAUGCCAUCGGCUCAGCAACAGGAACAAGUAAUCAAGAAGAAGUUUGGAGGACUAAUUCCUAAAAAGCCACCGCUCAUCUCAAAGGAUCACGAGCGGGCCUAUUUUGACUCUGCUGAUUGGGCUCUCGGAAAGGUAUUAAAUUAUCCUUCUGUAGCUUCAGUUCGAUUUUUGUUUGUUCAGUGCUUGAGUUCCAAUGAACUGUUUUUUUGGAUAUUUUGCUUUGCAGUCUGGACAGCAAGGUGUUGCAAAACCCAAAGGACCGCUCGAGGCACUCAGGCCAAAGUUGCAGCCCACACGACAACAGCAACAGCGUUCAAGGAGCUCUAUCUACAGUUCAUCCGAAAACGAGGAUGGAGAUGGCGCUGGGUCGGAGGACAUGAAUAUCAACUGAUCAACAGCGUGGAAUCUCGUGUUGUCGGUGAGAAGGGGCCUCGUCGUCUAAAGAAGCAGCUUGCUUUCAUUGUCUGUGGACCGCAGGGAAGGGAUGUAUGCUUGCGUCCAUAGAUAAGAAAAGAGACGGUUGUAAUUUCAAGGACUGCGGCUGCGGGUUUGUACUUCAUCGAACAGCUACCUUGCUAUGUGCCCAUUAUAGACUGGACCAUUGUCCUAUUUGUGAAUGGAUAUCUCUGUUUUUGAAUA